AUGCCCUGGCAGCAGCAGGUCGCGCUACACCUUGCACCUACCCACGCAUCCACGCAAGCGUCGGAUCUUCCGAUCCGCCGAGCCAGCCCCAAAAACGCAGCUAGCAGCGUCUUGCCCAUGCACCAGCGCAAGAUCGCUGCCGUGGAUCGACCGUUCGAGUCAUCGCUCACAGGCGACGAGGUGAAACAGGCGAGCGGUUCGGCCAAUUUGGUUGCUUCUCGAGGUGUCUUGGUCGCCGACAACUGGAGUCGAGCGUCGUCCCGUCGUCCCGACCUUGGUCUGUGUGCAGCACGUGCCAAUGGCAGCCAUAGACAAGCUGGCUCCUGCUCUUCCCUUGGGCUUACAAGCAGCAAGCCUGUCGCAAUCCAACCUGUCGCCCUAGAAGUGGGAGAGCGUGGGUUGGAGCUCGAGGCUCGCCUGCAAGCGCGCAUCCAAGGGCUGGCCUCGAGAACAUUCUAUGCCUCUGUCGAGCAGCUUUUUCUCUCCAAAGUCACACCGUCGACACAGAGCUCCGUGCAUGAGAGUCAGGUAGCACAAUCUGCUCAGCAGCCUCAGCAGCAGCCGAAAGAGUCGACCAGCAAAUCGCUUCUUCAUGAAGGUACCCUUGCCCCGGAUUCACUGGCCUUGCAGAGCCUAGACCCAUCUUCAGGCUCUCACGGAUCUAGACUUGAGUCCACGAUUGAACAGAGAGAAGAGGGUGAUGCGGCAGCCACAUCGGCCCCAGACACAAGCAUGCCAGUUGAACGCCAGCGCGCAACGCAGACCGUCAUCGACCCGGAGUUGCUCGCGUCCGAGCAUGCAGAAACGUCAAGUGCAGCUCCAGGCUCCUUGCUGCUGCCUUCGGCCUCAGCAGUGGCCGAAGGCAAAAAGCGUGCUCGCUCUCCAUCUGCAACUGAUAUCACCUCGGCCCAGGUUCAGGUCGGGUCGCCAUCUCGUGACAAUGUUGAGCGACACAAGGACAAGUCCGAUUCGACCCAAGGAGACACACAGGUAUCAGAGAGCGAGUCGACAAUGCCGUCCAAACGAGUGAAAUCAGACAUUGCGCCGUGGAUGACCCAACGCCACAAGCGUGCUAUUCGGCGCAGCCUCGAAGCGUCCUCGCUCUCGACUCUGUCGUCGCCUCCCAAAUCGUCGACGUCAGUGACAUCGACAAAGGAAGCGGCUCAAGCGGCAAAGAGAUCUUCGCCUCCGAGGAGCUAA